AUGGACCGUGAAUCCUAUGAUGCUGAGCUGUCAACAAACAACUCCAAUCCUCUCCUUCAACAGAUGAAGCGUCUCAUUUGUUAUCUCUGUCGUCUUUACAACCUGCCACAACAUCCAGAUGUAGAAAUGCCACUACCUGCUGGUCCAAUCAAUCAAGAGCAAAAGGGUGCAGUCUCUGGCUCGACGCAAGCCUCAGACCGCCUAAUGAAGGGACUCAAACAGAUCUACAGAUCACAUGGUUACAAGACAGGUAUUUAUGACGUCGAACUAGUCAAUGACAGCCUUUAUGAAUGGCAUAUCAAAUUAAAGAUGGUAGACCCAGAUAGUCCUUUGCAUAGUGACUUGCAGGUCUUAAAAGAAAAAGAAGGAGUGGACUACAUUCUGCUCAAUUUCUCUUAUAAAGAUAAUUUCCCCUUUGAUCCACCUUUUGUACGGGUUAUUUCCCCUGUGCUGUCCGGAGGGUAUGUUCUAGGAGGAGGAGCCUUGUGCAUGGAACUUCUCACCAAACAGGGCUGGAGUAGUGCCUAUUCCAUAGAAUCUGUCAUUAUGCAGAUAAUUGCAACUCUGGUGGAAGGAAAAGCCAGGGUGAAGUUUGGAGCCAAAACGAACCAGUACAAUCUUGCCAAAGCACAAGAGUCAUACGAAUACCUUGUGCAAAUCCACGAGAAGAAUGGCUGGUACACACCACCUAAAAAAUACGGAUAA